UAGCUCUAUGGACAUUGUGGCGUUGUGUGCGGCGGUGCGGUGAAACAGUCGAUUUUAAAGGAAGGACGUGACAGUGAACAGACCCCCUCGUGACCCCUGAAGGAAGGAUAGAAUAGGGGGUCAGCAAGCUCCGAGGAAUAGGCUGGUCACGCAUCGAAUAUAUCUACGUCUACAAUAUGGCGGGAUGUUAUACGCCUCUUCCAGGAUGUCCAGAGGAAGAAGAAGAAUCCCUCGUAUCUCUUCUUGAGGAUCUAGAGCCGUCCUCCCCCUGCCCUGGCCGCCGUGCCCUCCCCCUGAGUCUACCCCCUCACCCCUCCUACACACCCUGACAGUACCGGUAGUAGAAAGAUGACGGCAGCCCCCACUUCUGCGGACGCCUGCCUCAGCAUCGUCCACUCACUAAUGUGUCAUCGUCAGGGUGGCGAGCCGGAGGGAUUCGCCAAACGUGCCAUUGAGAGUCUGGUCAAGAAACUCAAGGAGAAGCGUGAUGAGCUGGACUCUCUCAUCACCGCCAUCACCACCAACGGCUCACACCCCAGCAAGUGCGUCACCAUCCAACGAACUCUGGAUGGCAGACUGCAGGUGGCAGGACGUAAGGGGUUUCCUCACGUGAUCUACGCACGAAUCUGGCGGUGGCCGGACUUGCACAAGAAUGAACUCAAGCAUGUCAAGUACUGCCAGUUCGCCUUCGACCUCAAGUGUGACUCCGUGUGCGUCAACCCCUACCACUAUGAGCGCGUCGUCUCCCCCGGCAUUGCAGACUUGACCGGGCUGAGCUUACAGAUGGAGUGCGACGUGAGUGGUGGGGGCAGUGGGGGAGCGCAGGACCCCUCGGUAGGACCUGGACCAUCGGGCAUCCCAGGACUCCCCAGCUCCCAGCCCAGCGCUAACUCCCCUGCGCAGCCAGCCGGACCCCAGGCUAGCCCCACGUCCUCACAGGCGGGACAGAUGCACCAAACAGUGUCGGCCUCGGCCCAGACCAUGCACUCCAUGACCCACCAGCCCUCCUACUCCCUCCUCUCCCCCACAGACAGCACUUCCAGCCACAUGUCCCAGGGUCUCCAGUCCCCCACGGCCUCCACUCCCGGCAGCCAACAGUUCUUCACCGACAGUGUGCCGUCCGCCGGCCUAAGCCAACCACAUCCAGCCCCGCCACCAGUGUCACAGCCCACCCAGCAGCCACCACAGCCACAGCAGCAACAACAACAAAUACAGCAACAACAACAGCAGAACGGCUUCACUGUGCUGGGUGCAGGGGGAGGCGGGGGAGGGGGCGGGGGCGGGGCAGCAGUACAGGGGGUGGGGUCGCCGUUCAGUCAGGGCGGCGGGGGCGGUGUAGCAGCAGCCUCCCCCUCCCCCCAGCAGGCUCCUCCCCCCACUCACCCUGUCUCCUCGCACUCCAUGCCCCAACCUAACUGGACAGGGCACAACACCCUCUCCUACACCCCCAACAUGAUGGGGGAUCGCCAGAACCACAACUACUGGGAGCAGCCGCCUAUGUUGCAGGAUGUGCCUAUCGCGCCGCUUUCCUCACAGCCCGGGCCGGAGUUCUGGUGUUCCAUUGCCUACUUCGAACUGGAUACUCAGGUUGGGGAGACAUUCAAGGUCCCGUCAACCUGCCCCUCGGUCACAGUGGAUGGCUACGUGGACCCGUCAGGAGGGAACCGCUUCUGUCUGGGGGCGCUGAGUAACGUCCACCGCACUGAACAGAGUGAACGGGCCAGACUUCACAUAGGGAAGGGAGUUCAGCUGGACCUACGCGGGGAAGGUGACGUGUGGCUGCGGUGUUUGAGUGACCACAGUGUGUUCGUGCAGAGCUACUACCUGGACCGUGAGGCUGGCAGGUCGCCCGGGGAUGUCGUGCACAAGAUAUACCCUUGUGCCUACAUAAAGGUGUUUGACUUGAGCCAGUGCCACCGUCAGAUGCAGGCUCAGGCAACCACAGCCCAGGCGGCGGCUACAGCACAGGCGGCGGCUGUGGCGGGUCAGAUCUCCGGCCCAGUGGCUGUGGCUGGCAUCUCUUCUGGUAACCUUUCCGCAGCGGCCGGCAUUGGCGUGGAUGACCUGAGGAGACUGUGCAUCCUGCGACUCAGCUUCGUCAAGGGCUGGGGGCUGGACUACCCUCGACCCUCCAUCAAGGAGACGCCGUGCUGGAUUGAGGUUCACCUCCACCGUGCCCUUCAGCUGCUGGACGAAGUCUUGCACACCAUCCCUCUCGACGGCCCGCGCCCCAUCGAGUGACACGGGGAUGCCAUGGGGUGGGAACAGGCCGUGUCGGGGGGUGGCGGUGCAGAGGGUGAUGCAGGGAUCGUCUCUGCCGCCUCUCUGCCCCUCUUGCCGGGGAAUGACAUGCAGUGAGGGAGAGAUGCUUUGCUGUCUCACACAGCUGUUCCUUCUCCUCCUCCUGCUGCUGCUGAUGAUGAUGAUGGUGGUGAUGACGCUCCCUGUUGCCAACACUCCUUGGCCUCCAUCGUGUUUGAGAGACGCCGCCGAUUUCGUGUGUGUGUGUCUGUUUGUCUGUCUGUCUGUCUGUCUGUCUGUCUGUUUAUUUGUUUGAUUAAGUGUCUCUAUCUGUUGGUUCAGCUGUGUCUGUCUGUCUGGCUGGUUGGUCAUCUCUUCACGUGUCUCUCUGUGUUGGUUUGUCUGCUCUGUCCGACUGUCUGUUUGUCUGUCUUUGUUUGUUUGUUUUACUCUCACAUCCUGGGACUGGCUGUGUGCUUGCUACACACACACACACACACACACACACACACACACACACGUGAUAUGAAGAUUGAUAGGUUUUUAUUGGAAAUUAACACAUAGGGGACAAUUAUUAUUAUUAUUAUUAUUAUUAUUAUUAUUAUUAUUAUUAUUAUUAUUAUUAUUAUCUUUAUUACUUCUACUACUCUUACUACUACUACUACCCCUACUACUUCUAUUACUACCACCAUUUCCACUGUUUCAGAAUAACAUUUCAGGCACUCACUGGAAGUCUUAGGUGAUGAAAUUUCCUUUAUUUUCUUACUGACACGACACCGACCACACUCUUGAAACUCUCUCACUCGGUGCAAGAAUUUCAGGUCGGCAGAAUUAAGUGGCGUGUAGACAGAACAUUUACCAACAACUGACGUGACGCCCAUGGGGGACAAUGUCAGGCAUAGCUAUAUUUAUUUAUAGUAAAGGAGACAGCUGGAGGGGAAAUAGAAAGAAAAAAGCAGGGGUUAGAGCCACCUCAAAUAGUAGACCUGGGCAAGGCUUAACCCAACUUUUUUAUAUCUUUUUAUCCAAUUUUUUUACAGCAAAGGAGACGGUUCAAGGGCUGGUUUAAUGUGAUGAGGCUGUCUUGAACCUUUUUGGCACACCAGCUCCCAGGAUGCUGAUACAGGUCAUGAGGUCACAAUAUUGAUGGAUUUUGUGUUCAGUGUGUAGUCUUUUAUCUUCGAGUACCAGAUUAGACCCAAUUUUUUCUCUGCAUAUUUUAUUUUGCCGAGGUAGGAAGGAAAAACUCGUGAUUCUUCCUUGUCUUGCCUUCAUGGUGUUAGUCUGUGCUGGCCUUGACACAGUGGGUGGAAGUCCUUGUUUGGGAGGAAGUUAAGCCAUGAAGUGUCCUGCCAGCACUCCCAAGGCUGGCGUGGGCUCGGGGAGGCUUCACUCAGGGGGGUAAAGGCAAAACUGAAAUCUGUGUUAUGCAAAUUGGGAUACAAUGAUUUUUAGUAAUUUAACCUGAAGACCUUUUUAGCUGACAGCAGAUUUUAUGUUUUCGUCCUGGUAUGGUCUGCCAUUUUAACAUACUUAGCUUUUCUAAUUUUAUGUUUUCUUUCAAAUAACGUCUCAAAUUUUUAUUAGUCCUUUCACUUGUUUAUGUUUGCAGUGUUGAACAUUUGUGUGUCUUGUCAUUCCCUCAGUGAUAUACUUUUGCUCUGAGGUUUUCUCUUAAUUUUUUACUUUAAUUUUAUUUGACAUUAACAUUACAUGAGCUUAUUUCCUUGUUAGACAUGUUCCUAUCAGUUCAGUGCCAGACAGACAAAUGGGGAAUAGACAGACUGGCAGACAGGCUGACAUAUUUACAGAAGAAAACAAGAAAAACUUUAAAGUGCAGCUCAAUUUCUAACCACCGCCUCAUCACACACCAGACAGUCAUCACCACACCUUUACCACAUCGACAGAAGUUUCAGUACCACCACCACCACCACCACCACCUCAGUCACCACCUUUGAGUAUUGCAUUGGUGAUGACAACUAAACGGUUGUCAUAAUUCUUUUAAACAAAACAAAGAAGUUGAGUCUGCACUUUUUUUUUUUAAUAAUAUAGGGGAGCAAACAAAGUACACACACACACACACACACACACACACACACACACACACACACACACACACACACACACACACACACACACACACACACACAGAGGGUUGCCCACCGUUCAGAUUGAGUGUGAGAGAGAGAGAGAGAGAGAGAGAGAGAGAGAGAGAGAGAGAGAGAGAGAGAGAGAGAGAGAGAAUUUACCUCAUAUCUCAGAGGCUGCUUUCUAUGUAUAGUAGCAAAGUGAAAGAAAAUAAUAAUAGCUGACAUCAUGCUUUUUAUAACAAUCAUUAUUAUUAUUAUUAUUAUUAUUAUUAUUAUUAUUAUUGUUCCGCUAGACACUGACUCCUAGGGUCCUCAUGUCAGCUGGAGGUCCACAUGGUCACCUGUCCGCCUGUCUGUCUGUCUCCGUGACAAGUUUGUGUGUCGGAUCUUUUGUGUCAUCAAGUGUGCGAGAGCAAAGACACGUGUACACUGGCUAUGAGUUACUCUGUAAAGUGACUGUGUUAGUGUGUGUGUGUGUGUGAGAGAGAGAGAGAGAGAGAGAGAGAGAGAGAGAGAGAGAGAGAGAGAGAGAGAGAGAGAGAGAGAGAGAGAGAGAGAGAGAGAGAUUUUAACUAGUUAAGGGUAAUGUAUUAUUAUUAUUAUUAUUAUUAUUAUUAUUAUUAUUAUUAUUAUUGUUAUUUUUAUUACUAUUAUUAUUAUAUUAUUAUUAUUAUAAUUAUUAGUACUGCUACUUCUACUACCACUGUGGCUACUACUACUACUACUACUAUUCUUACUCUCAUGUUUACUACUACAACUGUCCUCUACAUCAUCCAGUGUUACCUUUAAGGUGAACUCAUUACUGUUUUUGUAACUUAACAAAACUACUACACAGGUGACACCAGACUACUUUUAAAAUAUUUUUUUUACGUACUUUUUACGGCAGAACGUUUAGGUUGUUAAAUUAAUGUGUGGCGCAUGGCAGCACAGCCGCCCAAUGGACCCUUGUUCUGUGAGCCACUCAGGCUGUUUGAAUAUUGGUCUUUUUUUUUCUUGCCAGUUUCCACUCCUUGCUGUCAAUGUUUCUUUUUUCUCUGACGCACACCGGGCAUUUAGUGGCUCCUAAGGUGCCACCUUGGGCAUUACAUCACCGAAUUAACCACAGUUUCUACAAGAUUACUUCCUAAUGGUACCUUAGAGCGGCUGGUAGUCUACAAAGAUAUCAAAUUACAGUAUACUAAGGCACGGACUGACUCGUGCACGUGAGACGUCCACGAGGCAGCCGCGCCGCCAGCUGAUGUCACUGUUGGCGCACCAAGUGUGCCCUUCACUCGUAGAUUAAGAAAUCUUUACACAUACAACAAACUGGAUUAACUGAAACUUUUUAAUAAACUUUUACACACUUCUUGUUCCAGAUUAACUUUGAAUAUGACAGUUUGUUGCCUAAUGUAAAUCAUUGUCAAUUUUUUUCCCUUAUCCUGAGUUACCAAAAUGAGUUAAAUUUGGGUUAGUAUUUCACAUCUAAUCAAUGUUUUUUUAUGCUCACCAGAUUGUAAAUUACAACUAUUCCCUUGUAUGUAAAACAUUGAUGGGUUGUUAGUACAUUUUAGUAUAUUAAGACUUGCCAUUACAAAAAAGACAGUACAACAAGUGAAACAAAAUUAGGGAACACAAUUUCAUUGGUACAUUAUCGGGAUUUAGGUUUCAUUGUACAGAUUUUAGGAGACCGAGUCAGUGGCACAUUACUGGGAUUAGGUUUAAUUGUACAGAUUAUAGGAGACUCAAAUUCAGUGGCAUAUUAUUAGGGUUUAGGUUUAACUGUACAGAUUUUUAAAACUGCUUUAUAAGAGGGAUAAAUGGGACAUAAAACGGCUAGGAAGGGGAAACAAGUCAGACUCCAAACGCAUGCUGCAGAUACUUGUGUCAAGGUUGAUCCCCCGAGGCGUUACAAUGCUCAAUUAAGGAAUGAAUCGGAACCACUAGCAAAGUGGCACACACAUAAAAGGCGACCUCCUACACGCGGCCUUAGAAAAAUUACAAAAAAUUCAACUUUCACACGAGUAUUUGCGGCAACCGAAACACCAAAACGAGACCAGGAAACCAAUCAGCGUCUGCCCAAUGAGACGAGUAGAGGAUUCAGUUCCUACCUAAAGAGACAAGUCAUUGAAUCGGUGGCCGCCUGAUGAUGUACGUAGGAGGCGGCAGGGUCCAUCGGGCUGUGUGCAUGCGUGUGUGCAUCGAGGCUGUAUGAUUAGUUUGUCCAUUUGUGUACAUCGACGUGCCAUACAUACAUGCAUACAUACACGUGUCCAGGCGUU